CCUGUGGGGGUGGGGGUGCACGUCAGUGCAUUUAUGUCCGCACAUCCACACUUCAUGCAGGGGAUCAAAGCUACAAGGCCUCUGGGAUGGACCCUGUGGGCACGUUCAAGGGUGAGACCCCUGUACGGGGAGAAGCAGGCCCAGACAUGGUAGUUACCACCAGUGGUCAUGUUUACUAGGCAAGGCACUAGGCUCAGGUCUAAAACCUACAGUAUCAUGAGAGCAGUGGGUGAUGGUGCUUGCCCUGGGGAGCUUAUUUCAUCUCAGCAACACUAAGGCUCAGAGCUGUCCUAUUACCCAGGCCGAGGCCCAGCCCAGGCAUUCUGACUCCAAGUCUGGGCUCCCAUCAGCAGCAGGGCAUACGCUAGGUUAGAGGGUUAGAUUAGGCUCAUGAGGGGUAACUGCCUGAUGUGCGCAUGCAUCUGUGCGGUUCCCACACUGCCUCAAUGCUACAGCAUUCUAAUUCUAAUGCAGGCAUUCUAAUUCAGGCCUGAAUAGGCAGUGUCCAGAUGUAUUCCUGGGGCUACCCAGCUCUGCACAAGAAGCCAAGAGCAUUCAUUGGCUCCAUGCCCAGUAGGAAAGUGAGCUCCUGGCCUGAAUAGCAGGGUGGGCCCAGGGAUGACCCCUUCCUGAAGGCAAAUGGGGAUCAGGGUGGGGGGCACUCACCAGGGGCCCCUGAGCACUGCGUCAGAAGCAGCAGGAGUGGGAGCCACCCCAUCCUCCUGGCUGGAGGUUGCACUGUGACCCACCACAGCCCUAUCCGGGAAGUUGUGAAACCUGUCCCUACGGGAUUGGGUGGCUCUGCCUCCACACCCCCACUCCAGGCCUGCUGGAGCCUGACCUGAGACCCAGUGGCCGGAAUGGGGGUGGAGCCAGGCCUCAGGCCCCCGGGGUGAAAUGCAAGGGCCCUUACUCUGGCACAGUUAGCCCCUGCCCUAUGUAGUGGGCAGGUGUUCAGUGGGGACACUUGAUGUGCCCUGGGGUGGGGUUGGAGACCCUCUGCAGCCUACGUUGCUCUGAAGGGAAGAGUGGUGUGGGCAUGAUUGGUGCCAGAGGCUUGGGUUCUAGCCCCUGGGUGGUGCGAUACUAAUCUUUUCUGAGCCUCAGCUCUUCCCUGUAAAGUGGCAAAUGUUUCCUGACCCAGCCUCAAAGCAGCCUGCCCCUUUUGCUGACUUAUCAGCCCCAGCUGUAGGCAAGUCAGCCCACACCCCAGCAGCAGAGCCCAGAGAGGCUCCCCUCACCAAGGCACAGUUGCCAAUCCAGGAAAGCCCCCCAGGACCGCUGGCUGCCCUCAAGAGAUGAAGGAUGGCGUCCAAAGAGUCCAGCAUGUCUUUCUCCCGCAAGAGCUAUAGGCUGACAUCAGACGCUGAGAAGUCCAGGGUCACAGGCAUCGUGCACGAGGAACUGCUGAAUGACUACCUGCACCGCAUCUUUUCCUCUCCUGAGCAUGCGCCCACUGCAGCCACCAGCAGGAAACCCCUGAACUUCCAGAACCUGCCAGAGCAUCUGGACCAGCUGUUACAUGUGGAGGAUGAGGAUGAGGAGAGCCAGGGACAGGUUGAAGGCCGGCUUGGCCCAUCCACUGUGGUCCUGGACCACACAGGUGGCUUCGAGGGGCUUCUUCUGGUGGACGAUGACCUCCUGGGGGUGAUCGGACACAGCAACUUCGGUACCAUCCGCUCUACCACGUGCGUGUACAAAGGGAAAUGGGUCUACGAGGUGCUCAUCUCCUCUCAGGGGCUCAUGCAGAUUGGCUGGUGCACUAUCAACUGCCGCUUCAAUCAGGAGGAGGGGGUUGGAGAUACACACAACUCCUAUGCCUAUGAUGGCAACCGGGUGCGCAAGUGGAAUGUAACCACGACGAAUUAUGGCAAGGCGUGGGCAGCGGGGGACAUUGUGAGCUGCCUCAUCGACCUGGACGAUGGCACCCUGUCCUUCUGCCUGAAUGGCGUGUCGCUGGGCACCGCUUUUGAGAACUUGUCCAGGGGCCUGGGCAUGGCCUACUUCCCAGCGAUCAGCCUCUCCUUCAAGGAGUCCGUGGCCUUCAACUUUGGCAGCCGUCCCUUGCGCUACCCAGUGGCAGGCUACCGGCCCCUGCAGGACCCGCCGCAUGCUGACCUGGUGCGGGCGCAGAAGUUGCUGGGCUGCUUCCGGGCGGUGCUCAGCGUGGAGCUGGACCCUGUGGAAGGCCGGCUGGUGGAGAAGGACAGCUCCGAGUGGCAGUUGCAAGGCCAGCCCACUGUCCUCCUCACGCUGGCCCACAUUUUCCAUCGCUUCGCGCCGCUCCUGCGCAAGGUGUACCUGGUAGAGGCUGUGCUCAUGAGCUUCCUGCGCGGCGUCGUGGAUGCGGGCAGCCCCGCACAGGCUCAGUCCGUGGUGCGUCAGGUCCUCGACCUCCUGUGGCUUUUCAUGGAGGACUACGAGGUACAGGACUGCCUCAAGCAGCUGAUGAUGUCCCUGCUGCGGCUUUACCGCUUCUCACCCAUCGUCCCGGACCUGGGCCUACAGAUCCACUACCUACGGCUCACCAUCGCCAUCCUGAGGCAUGAGAAGUCCCGCAAGUUUCUGCUCAGCAACGUCCUCUUCGACGUGCUCCGGUCCGUUGUCUUCUUUUACAUCAAGAGCCCCUUGCGAGUGGAGGAGGCUGGCCUGCAGGAGCUCAUCCCCACCACCUGGUGGCCCCACCGCUCCGGCAGGGAGGGCAAAGACAGUAAGGACGUGAAGGAUGAGACUGCCGAGGAGCGCGUGCGGAGGCGUGCCUACGAACGGGGCUGCCAAAGGCUCAAGAAGCGCAUUGAAGUGGUGGAAGAACUACAGGUCCAGAUCCUGAAGCUGCUGCUGAACAAUAAAGAUGAUAACGGGGGUGAAGCUUCUAGGUACAUCUUCCUGACCAAGUUCCGAAAGUUUCUACAGGAGAAUGCCAGUGGCCGGGGGAACAUGUCCAUGCUCUGCCCCCCUGAGUACAUGGUCUGCUUCCUGCACCGGUUGAUCUCUGCCCUCCGCUACUACUGGGAUGAAUACAAGGCCUCGAACCCUCAUGCCGCCUUCAGUGAGGAGGCCUACAUCCCGCCCCAGGUGUUCUAUAAUGGCAAGGUAGACUACUUCGACCUUCAGCGCCUGGGAGGCCUCCUCUCACACCUUCGGAAGACCCUCAAAGAUGACCUUGCCUCCAAGGCCAACAUCUUGAUCGACCCGCUGGAGCUCCAGGCGGCCACCAUGGAUGACCUGGAUGAGGACGAGGAGCCAGCCCCGGCUGCGGCCCAGCGCCCCAUGCAGGCUCUGGCCAUGGGGGGCGUGCUGCCCCUGCCCCGGCCCAGCUGGCUCAGUUCUCCAACCCUGGGCCGAGCUAACCGCUUCCUCAGCACAGCAGCUGUGAGCCUGAUGACCCCCCGGCGGCCUCUGAGCACCUCGGAGAAAGUGAAGGUCCGCACACUGAGCGCCGAACAGAGGACUCGUGAGGACAUUGAGGGCAGCCACUGGAACGAGGGCCUGCUGCUGGGGCGGCCUCCCGAGGAGCCGGAGCAGCCCCUCACCGAGAACUCCCUGCUGGAAGUCCUGGAUGGCGCUGUCAUGAUGUAUAAUCUCAGCGUUCACCAGCAGCUGGGCAAGAUGGUGGGUGUGUCUGAUGACGUCAACGAGUAUGCAAUGGCUCUGAGGGACACAGAGGACAAGCUCCGCCGGUGCCCCAAGCGGAGGAACGACAUCCUGGCAGAGUUGACCAAGAGUCAGAAGGUUUUCUCUGAAAAGCUGGACCACCUGAGUCGCCGUCUUGCCUGGGUCCACGCCACUGUCUACUCCCAGGAGAAGAUGCUCGACAUCUACUGGCUGCUGCGCGUCUGCCUGCGGACCGUUGAGCACGGCGACCGCACGGGGUCUCUCUUUGCCUUCAUGCCCGAGUUCUACUUGAGCGUGGCCAUCAACAGCUACAGCGCCCUCAAGAAUUACUUCGGCCCCGUGCACAGCAUGGAGGAGCUCCCAGGCUACGAAGAGACCCUGACCCGCCUGGCCGCCAUCCUUGCCAAACACUUUGCUGACACACGCAUCGUGGGCACUGACAUCCGUGACUCGCUGAUGCAGGCCCUGGCCAGCUACGUGUGCUACCCACACUCCCUGCGGGCCGUGGAGCGGAUCCCCGAGGAGCAGCGUGUCGCCAUGGUGAGGAGCCUCCUGGCUCCCUAUGAGCAGCGGCCCUGGGCCCAGACCAACUGGAUCCUGGUGCGGCUGUGGAGGGGCUGUGGGUUCGGGUACCGCUACACACGGCUGCCGCACCUGCUGAAAACCAAACCCGAGGAUGCCAACUUGCCCAGUCUCCAGAAGCCCUGCCCCUCCACCCUGCUUCAGCAGCACAUGGCGGAGCUGCUGCGGGAGGGGCCCGACGUGGCGCCCAGCUUCCUCAACAGCGUCCUCAACCAGCUCAACUGGGCCUUCUCGGAGUUCAUCGGCAUGAUCCAGGAGAUCCAACAGGCUGCCGAGCGCCUAGAGCGGAACUUCGUGGACAGCCGGCAGCUCAAGGUGUGCGCCACGUGCUUCGACCUCUCAGUCAGCUUGCUGCGGGUCCUGGAGAUGACCAUCACGCUGGUGCCCGACAUAUUCCUUGACUGGGCCCGGCCUACGUCUGAGAUGCUGCUGCGGCGUCUCGCGCAGCUCCUCAACCAGGUGCUGAACCGGGUGACGGCUGAGAGGAACCUGUUUGACCGCGUGGUCACCCUGCGGCUGCCUGGCCUGGAGAGCGUGGACCACUACCCCAUUCUGGUGGCCGUGACGGGCAUCCUGGUGCGGCUCCUGGCGCAUGGCCCGGCCUCGGGGAGAGAGCGAGCCACGUCCGUGCUCCUUGCUGAUCCCUGCUUCCAGCUCAGCUCUAUAUGUUAUCUCCUGGGGCAGCCAGAGCCCCCUGCCCCUGGCACUGCCCUGCCUGCCCCUGACCGGAAGCGCUUCUCCCUACAGAGCUACACAGAUUACAUCAGCGCGGAGGAGCUGGCCCAGGUGGAACAGAUGCUGGCACACCUGACCUCUGCCUCUGCCCAGGCAGCUGCUGCCUCCCUGCCCACCAGCGAGGAGGACCUCUGCCCCAUCUGCUAUGCUCACCCCAUUUCCGCCGUGUUCCAGCCCUGUGGCCAUAAGUCCUGCAAAGCCUGUAUCAACCAGCACCUGAUGAACAACAAGGACUGCUUCUUCUGCAAAGCCACCAUCGUGUCUGUAGAGGACUGGGAGAAGGCGGCCAGCGCAAGUACCACCACUUCCUCAGCCGCCUAGCCCGCACAGCAGCAGCCUCCAGCCCUGAACUCAGACCCAGGCUGGGCCCUAUUUAUGAGCUUCCCCUUGCCCUGUUCCCCAUGACCCCCCGCCGCCACCACCACCACCACGUCCAACCUCCUUGCCUGAGCGUAACCUCACUGGCGGGAGCCCAGCCAUGUCCUGAUUGUGCCUGAGCUUGACUUCCAGUCAGGGCCACAGUGAGCAUUAAAUUAUUAUUCCAUACA